AUGCCUUCGUACUUGAUCACGGGAGCCUCUCGGGGCCUGGGUCAGUGGGAAUUUCUCCGCCAGAUAUCAAGCGAUCCGAAGAAUACGGUCAUUGAGCUCGUCCGCGAUAAGCCUGCAACCGAGAAGCGGGUUAUGGAAGAGCUGGAAUCCCCCUUGAACAUGCACAUCUUGCAGGCAGACAUAACCGACUACAACAGCUUACAGGCAGCAUCAGCUCAGACCGCGCUCAUCACCGGUGGAGGUCUCGACUACCUCAUCGCUAAUGCAGGCUACGUAUCGAAAUUCGAUGCAUAUGAUGGAAUUGGUGUUCUGGGCGAGCAACCCGAGGCGCUGGAAGAAGACCUCACACACGGCUUUCGAGUCAACGUCCUGGGCAACAUCCACCUGUUCAACAUUUUCCUGCCCCUAAUCCUCCAGGGCGAGGCCAAGAAGGUCAUCGCUAUCUCUACCGGUGUGGCAAAUCUGAGCCUUAUCCCGAAGUAUAAUGUGGAGGUCGCGUCGCUGUAUGCCAUCAGCAAGGCGGGGUUGAACACCGCGGUGGCCAAGUUCAGUGCACAGUAUGCCAAAAAGGGGGUGUUGUUCAUGAGCAUCUGUCCCGGCAUGGUGGAAACCGGCCAUUUCACAGACGCGACUCCCGAGCAAAUGCGAGGCCUGGCAGGCAUGCUCACGGCUUUUCGCGAGUACGCCCCGCAUUUCCGCGGCCCCAGUACCCCCGAAGCAGCCGAGCGAGACGUGCUCUCAGUGAUGCACAGAGCUAGUGUUCAGAACGGAAACGGCGGCACCUUCGUCUCGCAUGAUGGGACUCAGCAGUUUCUGUGA